UGCCCUCUUAUGCUUAGUUUAUGGUCCUUUAUUUCUAUAUGGUUGAUAGAACUCAAGCAGGGAAAAGAAUGCUUUAUGUUACUGUUGCAGGAAGGUCUUGAACAACAGCUCCAACAUUUAACAAGCCUGAAUGUCGAGCAGAAGAGACCAGAAUGAUGAGAGCUUCAUGAUCUUAGGGUCUUAUGCAAGUACAAGAACAGAAGGAUGCUCCGAUCUUGUUCAAGUUGGCAUAGGAGAAUAAGCUCGUUGAGGAUGGCUGCCAUCUCACUGAUGCUGCUUGGAACGUAGUCAUAGAUCUUAUGGCAAUGACGACGACAGAGGCUUUGGAGUUACCGAAGUUGUCAUGCAUCUAAGAGCUGAAAUAGUUGUCGUUCAAGAAUAUGGUGUCGAGCUACUUAUCGAAGAUCGUCGACGACAAUGCUCCCUUGAAGUCAUUAAACCGAAGGUCGAGGUACUUAAGCGAUGGCAGCCGAAGGGCAACAUCCAAGAUCAAGCCGACGAAACGAUUGUUGCUAGCGUCAAGCCCGUGGAGUUUGAGACGGGAGAUGUUUUGAGGGAUGAUACCACGGAAGCGAUUGAAGUUAAUGUGGAGGAGGGCGAUGUCGGUCAAGAGGCCGAGCUCCACGGGGAGGUACCCAACGAUAUCGACAUCAUUAAGGUUGACGUUGAUGACAAUGUUGAUCAAGGGGUCAUCAGGCACCGCAACACAGAAGAUGUCAUGAUAACCACACACAUCAAGGUUGACCUAAUUGCCGAUGAAGUUGUGGGGGUCAGAGUACAAUGCCUUCUUCCAUGCCCUCAGAGCGACAUAACAACGACGAAGGCGAGGAUUGGUGAUGGUGACGUCGAUCUCGAUACCAAAAAUCGAAGCUGUCAAGGUCUCCCUUCUUUAAGAGGGCCAGGAGAUGAUAGUGCACGAUGAAGGCAACCUCGA